AAUUGGACAAACAUUAUUUUUCACCACUCACUCGUUUCUUAUGACUUUAAGGCAUAAAUUAAGAAAACUGCAACAAAAAGUUAAACGUGGUGCUGAAACAGAAAGCGACAGUGACGGUCUUGUUUUCGACAUCUCACCGUACAAGGCACCAGUGAAGAAGCCUGCAAAAAGGAAACUGCCAGUGACAACAGUAGAACAAGCUACGCUGAUUACACCAGUUACUCUUGAAUCCAAGGGAACUCAGACACUGCAAAUCAAGAAUUUAAAGCAUGUAAAAGAUUUGAAUACUGUUUCUGCUUUAAAGGUUCGUAUAAAAUAUUACAGGAUACAAAACUGCAAACUGAAAUUGAACCUGGCCAGAAGAUUACAUAUAAUGCAGAAAAAAAUUAAGAAUUUCGAAAGACGAUUAUCUAAUUUGAAUUAG